AAACAAGAUGGCCGAUACAGUUUACAUUGGUUGACAGGUUGACAACAACUACAAAGGAAAGGACAUUUGAAAAAACUUCAACUGUGAAAAAGUUCCUGCUUGUUAUUGCAUUACCUACAGAACCAGGAAAAUGUCGAAAAGAUCUGGUCGUUCUGCGGGCUCAUCAAGGAGCCAGAGUUCAUCUUCAGAGUCUGACACGGUGCAAGAUUGUAAGGCUGCUUUCUUAGUCAUAUUUGAUGAUCUAGAAGAUGAGAUAGAGUCCAAGGACCAGCUAGAGGAAGUGUUGCAGCAGGCAGGGAGGAACCCCACGGAGAAGAUGCUGAGAAAAUACUGGAGCAGUUCCACAGACAGCCUGAGUUUUGAUGACUUCGUGGAGAUCUGUAGGAAAGAGCCUUGCACUUCUGCAGAUGAUCUGAUGAAAGCUUUCAGAAAGAUUGACACCAACGGAGACGGCUACAUCUCCCGAGAAGAACUCUAUGACAUGAUGACCACGAGAGGAGAGAAGAUGUCAAUGAGUGAAGUGAAGGCCAUUAUAGAUGAGGUGGAUGAGAACAAGGAUGGCAAGUUAGAUUACUCAGAAUUUUGUAACAUGAUCGUGAACACUGCCAGCGACUGUAAAAAGAUGUCUAAAAAGAUUAUGGAGAGGAAAGAGAGAAAGAAACAAAAGAUGGCAGCAAAGAAGGGAGAUGACUCGCCCAAAUCGCAGAGAAAAUAUGACUUGACUCCCCCUAAACCUGCAGCUCGUAAACGAGGGGAUGACAGACUUCGCUCACCUGUGGCCAGCAGAAAAGUGAGACUCUCUGAGCCACGUAAUCUCAAGGAUUGGAUGCACAUGUUCAGGAAAGGUUGUUUCUUCUUGGAGGAUGAUGCCAGUAUUGUCAGUCACCAAUAUAUGCUUCAUCUGCCCAGUGAUUCCAGUGUCUGGUUCACCAUCCAGCCUUACAAAGUGGGAUCAGACUUGAGUGAUGACGACACUCCAGUGGACACUGCCCUAUACAUCCUGAGGGACAAGGACACCAGUGGACACAGCCUGGUUACCUUCACAGAGCAGAGGGAUCCAAAAGGGAAAUAUGGGGUGCGCUGUGACCUUGAUGCUGGUUCAUACAUCCUGUGCCCCAUGACCACUGGGUGCAGGCUGAGACCCCGUCGCUCUGAACCCAGGACCGAGGCUAAGCUCAUGAAGACUGACAAAGAUAACAAAGUCGUCCUGUCCAAAACCUUCAAGAAAGCGCUAGAGGAUAUAUUUGAGAUCUCAGAUCUUGACGGGAAUGGCCUGCUGAGCAGGGAGGAGUUUAACCUGUUCAACUUGAGGACAAGCGGGGAGGAGGUGGCUGAUGAUGAAUGGAAUGUGGUUGAGGAUAAUGUGCCCAUGAAGAAUGGUCAAGUAACGAAGGCAGGCUUUAUUCGUCUGAAUGAGAUGGAGGCUGAGGACAAUGACGGGGACACGGAGGAUUCCUGGAUAACGCUUAAUAACAUGGGUUACAACAAAUCCCUUAUACUGGACGAGGCUUGUCCAUUCCGUAUGGAUGUUUAUGUAGAGGACUGCGACCGAGCCCGACUAACUGUACGUGGCCUGGAAGCCGCCAGUAUGCGGCUGGAAAAUGCUGUCUGCACAUCUGUCAUUCAGAAGGGCGAGUCAACCAAGGUGAAAGGAGUGAAAGACUUGACCAUGUACACUUACAUAGGAGAAGCCAGAGCCUCUGCUGUGCUGGAGAACAAGUCUUAUCGGUGUCUAGAAGUCCAGCUUGACUGCUCCAAGAGUAAGAAUGUAGUGAGCAGUAAGGGUAACUUAACCCACACGGUGGAACUGCCAAGUCGCAGUAUGAUGGUUGCUCAGCACCUUAUCCCAGAUGAUGAAAGCGCUGAGUGGUCCGUCAAAUUUGGGGAUCCAACUUUAAAAUAGAGGCAAAAAUUUCAUCACUCCAUCAGUGCGGCGUACGGAGGGAUUUCAUUGCUUAAUGUUUAGACUGAUCAGGCGAUGAUGUCAAAGAGACCAUGUCCGGCUACCUUUUGGACUGGCACUCUGUGAGACAUUUAGAUGACAUUCAUACCAUGUCGCAGUAGGAACAAGAAGGAUGGGUCACAAUUUAAUCACCAUUUUUAAAGAAAAUAUUUGAUAUGAACUGAAAUGGGCAUCAUCAGGUAAACAACUGAAUGCUGUGUCUAAAAUACCAUCAUGUCUUUUCCAAAAACUUGUACUUGAACAGAAUUUUCUGCAUGCAAAAUGUGGAAUUCUAAGGUGAGCUUUAUUGAUGAUGUUGAUAUUAUUAGGUAUUGAUCAUCAAUACACAACUGUAUAACUAUGGCUCAGAAAAGCGAACCUGACAAGUCAAGUAUUAGAACGCACUUGUAUGUAUUUUAGAAAGGUUUCCAAAGGAAGGUAUUGUUUGACACAGUUUGCAGUUUUGUGUCUUGAGAUGAUGACGAUCAACGUUUUAUGGUGACAUUUUGAAUACCUUCCAUUGCGGUGACCAAAUGCAAGUGGAUUUUAAUGUUAUAUGUAUUUAUUCAUAGAUUCAUGUAUAGAAGAGAUUUAUAUAUUUACAACUGUUUUAACCAACCAAAACGUCCAGUUUUUGUCCGUCCAGAUAAUUGUGAAAUUGGGGGUACCAUUCCUUUAUUGAAAAUGUUAAGUAGUUAUGUAUACAUUUAAAUAGUUGAUGCCUGUGAAGUAGACUUUGACAAGUUUCAGUGAUGUCAGCUUGUUAAAAGACGGCAUCUAGAACCAAGAUCAUGUGACAUGUGUAGAACUUAACUCUUCUGAAAGGUGUUCAGCCGUGAUCAGCAGAAAACUCUUUGGUUCACUAAAAGGGUUUCUUAGAAUUGCCCACUGUCCAACGUCAUGGAAGCAGGAGUGAUAUUUCAUUUGCCAUCAGUGGAGUUCUAAUUUCGAGCAGUGUAUAUAGGCCUAGACUAAGUAACAUACUGUCAGAAAUACUUUGCUGUGUCAAUAUCCCAGUAUUCCGUGGGUUCUGUUUUACCCAGAAUCAUUUAGCAGACGGAUGCGAGUGUUGGGAACAGCGUUAAAAGGAAAGAAAAGAUAAAAAAUGAAGUAAACAUGAGUAGAAAGUUCAUUGGAAAUAGUAUCUCUCUAUUCAUUCCCCCCUUUUUUAAAAAUUUUUUUGUUAUUGAAUAAAGUAGUCAAAUGUAUAAAUUGUAAUGAUAAUAUGUCUCGAAUGACUCGAGACUUUUUUUACACCUUGAUGUUGAGGUCUAAAUAAAAUAAUUUUUUGUGAACUCUUACAUUCGUGUAAGAUUUCUCCCAUCCUGAUUAGGAUUAGAGCCCAGCUUACAAACCAAACCUUAUUAGGAUAGGAGAAAAGCCCACUGUACAAACCAAACAUUUGAAUGCAUUUAGUUCAGUGAAAGGGACCUGAAAACAUGAGUAAAAUAUUUUCAGAUGAAUUUGAGUUUUAAGUUGUCUUUCUACUGAUUUUUACUUGAUUUUUGUGUUUUCUUUUCCAUUGAAUUGAAAUGUAUCCACUCGUUAUUGGUUAUGAAAAUCAACGGUUUCACUCACGUUUUAAUAUAUUUAUGCAUGUACAUGUAGGCCUAUGCAUUUGUUUUAGAGGAAACGGAAAUGGAUUUUAGUUUGGUGCAUACAUUGUUCCAACCACACAGUGUAGUGUUCCGGGCCUUCUGGUGCAGAUGUCAUUCAGUGUUCCAACCACAGAAUGUAGUGAUCUUGGCCUUCUCCAUAUGUGGUUGGCAUACGCCACUGGCAUCUGUAUAUAUGGUAUCUUUAAUAUAUCUCGUACGUGGGUAAUCAUUUCGGUAUUAAAAACCACAAUCAUUCAUUGAUUCAUAUAAGCACAUCUAAGUAGUAUGCAAAGGUACCAGUGUCAACUGUUUCAAUCAACAUGGUUCCACUUACAAUUUCCCUGUGCCUUGUUAGUAUAUCCCUAAAAUGUCUACCUCCCUUAGGCUAUACAUAUGAUCAGAAGUGUAAUUUGUUAUGGGAGUCCACCUCUGGAAUCAAAUUUGUGCGCGGAGAUAGGUGUACAGUACAAUGUUUCUCAGCUUUGAUCAGCCAUGUACCAUAUUCUGUUUAGCUUGAUAUGUGGUCUGUCCCGAGAACAGCCUACAUUUACUGCAUUGGUAUUAGCCUAUAAAUACUGUAUUGGUAUCAACCUACAUUUACAUAUACAAUACCGUAUUGAUAUCAGUCAAAUACUGUAUUGCUAUCAACCCAUGUAUUGUAUUGCUAUCAGCCUAAAUACUGUUUUGCUGUCAGCCUAAAUACUCUAUUGCUAUCAGCCCAAAUGCCAUUUUGCUAUCGAGCUAAAUACUGUAUUGAUAUUUGCACAAAUUUUGUUUUGCUAUCAGCCUAAAAUACUGUUUGCUACAACACCGUAUUGAUAUCAGUCUAAGACUGUAUUACUAUCAGCCCAUGUACUGUAUUGCUAACAACCUAAAUACUGUAUUGCUAUCCGCCCAAACUCUGUUUUGCUGUCAGCCUAAAUACUGUAUUGCUGUCAGCCUAAACACUGUAUUGCUACCAGCCUAAAUACUGUAUUGCUAUCCGCCCAAAUUCUGUUUUGCUGUCAGCCUAAAUACUGUAUUGCUGUCAGCCUAAACACUGUAUUGCUACCAGCCUAAAUACUGUAUUGCUACCAUCCCAAAUACUGUUUUGCUAUCAACCUAAAUACUGUAUUGCUAUCAGCCUAAAUACUGUUUUGUUAUCUGCCUAAAUACUGUUUUGCUAUCAGUCUAAAUACUGAUUUGCUUUCCGCCUAAAAACUGUUUUGCUGUCAGACUAAAUACUGUUUUGCUAUCAGCAUAAAUACGAUUUUGCUAUCAGGCUAAAUACUGUUUUUCUGUCAGUUUAAAUACUGUUUUGCUUUCCGCCUAAAAACUGUUUUGCUAUCAGCCUAAAUAUGAUCUUGCUAUCAGCCUGAGUGCGGUUUUGCUAUCCGCCUGAGUGCGGUUUUGCUAUCAGCCUAAAUACUGGGUUGUGUUCAGAAAACCUUGUCCAUGUAAUUUGAUUGAUUAAGAGCAUUCCGAGUGUAUUUUGUCAUGAUACUCAUAGAUUCCUAAUAAAAUAC